CUCCGCUCUCCAUUGCUAGCUUCCCAUUGAGGAUAUGCCGUCGCCGCAUUGGGAAGAGGCUUGGGGGAUCUGGCAUACUGCAAGCUCGGCAUAACCGAGUACUUAAGCCUCCGCUAUGCAUACUUUAUCGUAGGCGCAGCAGACAAGAAACAACAUUUAUCUAUAUAUACAUAUAGGUGUGCAUUCAACUCGUUGCUCGUUGUCUUUGCAAGUUAGACUACCCUCGCUACACUCUUAUUUACCCACUACCGCCCUUCUUUUUCCUUAUUCCCCACUUGAGAUGCUUCACAAAUAUCUUUUUCUGGCUUCUCUCGCUGGAGCUGACCUGAUUCGACCUGCCGAAUGGGGCCCUCAAUCCGGCGUCAUUAUGGCCUGGCCAUCCAUUGAGACCAAUGCGUACUCAGACGACGGUCUCAACAGAGCCACGACAGAUGUUUCUGCUGUUGCCGAUGCCGUUUCAGGCUUUCAGCCUGUCACGGUUCUCGUUGAACAAGAUCGCUAUGACGAGGCGCAGAAGCGAUUCAAGGAUGCCGCCAAUGUUACUGUGCAACCCAUCAAUGGCUAUCCCAGACUUGAUCUCUGGAUGAGAGACAUGGCGCCAACCUUUGUGCACAAUACGGAGACUAAGAAAUUGGAAGGCGUUGACUACAAUUUCAACGGCUGGGGCAACAAGUACCCUACUGGCUCAUGCAACUCCUUGGCAGCCAUGUACAUGUUCAACAAGAAUAUUUCUCGACAGGCGUCAUCUCUGGUUGGCGAGGGAGGCUCCUUUGAAGUCGAUGGCGAAGGCACGUUGCUGGUGACUGAAAGCUCAGUGGUCAAUGACAACCGCAACAAAGGCAAGGACCGCGACACGAUUGAAAAGGAGCUUAUCCGCACACUUGGGCUCAAAAAAGUCAUUUGGGUCCCAGGUCGCAAGGGCCUCGACAUCACUGACACGCACAUUGAUGGACUUGCGCGAUUCAUUGCGCCGGGCAAAGUGAUCCUGAGCAGACCUAGCACGGUUUCGGCUGGAGACCCAUUCUCCGAGAUUUAUGAGGAGGCCCGCGAAAUUCUAUCGAAUGCGACAGAUGCUAGCGGCCGAAAACUGGAAAUCACCGAAGUUCCGGAGGCCGACUUGAACAAGAUUGGCGCCAGCGAUGAGACGCUCGACGCAAUCAAGAAUGGCAAAAAGGACUACCCUUCGCUCACCUAUGUCAACUACCUGCUCGUCAACGGCGGCGUCAUUUUCCCUCAAUUUGGAGACGCCGAUGCCGACAGCAACGCGCUGAAGGUUAUGCAGUCCUUGUACCCGGAUCGCAAAGUUGCGUCCGUUACUACUAAGGAGCUGCCUUAUUUGGGCGGCGGUAUCCACUGCUCCACACAAGAGAUUCCUAUUGUGUAGACGAUCUGUGGUUGGCGCAAAAUAAGGUUAGGUUGCCGCCGUUGUUGUACUGGACCGAGCGUAACGUACCAGUAUCCUCGUCUGAUCCCGGGAUUUCCCCUUUGUCUGUAUAGUAAAUUACUCGCUGCUUGUAUAGUUAAAUAGAGAUCGUGUGUAUAAAUAUUAAUUUUGCUACGAUUCUUC